UGGUGCCUCGCCGCCGCCAGUGUUGUGAGCAUGUGCGUGUGAGUGUGUAUAUAUAUGUGUGCGUGUGCGUGUGCGUAUGCGUGUAGAGUAGUGUGUUGUUAAUGUCGGUAAGAAGACAGAGCCGGUCGGUCGUGUGUAUUGGUGGUGCGCUCACAGUAAUAAUAAUAUUAUAAAUCUUCUCGCGUCUUUCACACUCACUCACCAUCGCACGGUGUCCGCGGACCUCGCUCCGAGCCGAGCACGCGUCGCGUUUUUAUUUUCACCCACGGCUAUAUUAUAUAUUAAAAAAUUAUAUUAAAUACUACAACAGUAUAAGACUACGAUAGGUUAGGGUACCUAUCUCAUAUUAUAUAGUAAAUGUAAUUUUACAAAAAAUCGUAUUUCACUGUUCGCAUAAUUUUCUCAGCUCGCGUGCUCCAGUCGUAGUACACAUGAUACACAUAAUAUAACAUAUACUUAAUGCAUAUCGUUAUUAUACAUAUUAUAAUAUACACUUCGUACAAAUAAAUAUUAUCAUACAAUAAAUAUUUUUUCACGUAUCGUACUAGUUUUUUAUUAACCGUUUAUUUCAAUCAAUAUACUGCAGUCGCACGACAUACGGCGGCAGUCCUAACAACAAUAAUUAUUGUUACGCGUACGGCUCGCGCGCAUGUGACCCGCACGCUUGCACCGGUUCGCGCGCGCCGCGAGCACAAUCACACCAAUAUUAUACCGAUCGACACCUAUACACGACCGCUACUGUAAAAUACACACACGCGUACCACGGCAGUCGUAUAGCGUAUCACCGUGUCGUCGCAUUACACCGGUGUGUGUGCCGUCACUCGAACCGGCGACGGUAGUUCCGGCACGUUUUUCGCAACACCUUUGCGACACGCCGGUUGUCGGCCGCCGCGACGCGUCCACUGCACCACCGCCGCCUACGCCGACGCCGCCGCCGCCACCACCGGCACUCGGCGCCCGGGCUAUACCCGCGCCAAAAUUUCGAACCCUCCGAAUAGUCGGGUAGUCCUACAAGUGUUUGACCUAUCGGACGGCAUCUUGGAGACUGCAGCUUAGAAUCGAUGAACCGCGGGGCCCAACCCCAUUCACCGGAACAGCCAAGCCGCACCGCAGCCGCAGUGGACAGCAUGAAGAACGAGGAGCCGACCAUACCGAGUCAUCACCAGCAGCGGAACAUGCUGGCCGAGGCGAUAGCGUCGCUGCCACCCGUGCCCCAGAACCUGUCGGCCAUCGCCCUGUUCCAUCAGCUGCCCAUACUGUACCAGCAACACUACCAGCACAUGUUGCAAUCUCGCAUCCUGCCCUACCUACAAGAAUCGCUGAGGUUGCAGAGCUCCGUCAACUUUGCGGAUAAACCCCAGACGCCGACGGUGCCGGCUAUCAGCCUGUUCGACCAACCCGCCGAACAGAACGCGGCGGCCGCGGCUGCGGUGGCCGCUGCGGACAUUGCGGCCGCCGGUUGCAACGAGAAACCGCCUUACUCGUACAUAGCGCUCAUCGCCAUGGCCAUCACGUCCACGCCCAACCAGCGGAUGACGCUUAGCGAGAUAUACAACUAUAUUACGGACAAGUUCCCGUAUUACCGGCGCAACAGACAGGGCUGGCAGAACUCGAUCAGGCACAACCUGAGCCUCAACGACUGUUUCAUCAAGAUCCCGAGGGGCCGGACCGGCAUGGACGACAACAUGGGCGGCGGCAAGGGCAGCUACUGGACGCUGGACCCGGUGGCCGCGGCCGACAUGUUCGAGCGAGGCAACUACAGGCGGAGGCGGAUGCGCCGGCACAGGCCAUACCAGCAGCAAAGCCACCACCAGACGAACCAACAGGACAUCAAGUCGUUGCUGCAACAACAGCAACAGCCGCUGGUCAGUCCUCACCACCACCACCACCACCACUUCUCGGUGUACCCCGAGUUCCAGUUGACCGGCAGGAACGCCGUGGCCACCGCGGCCGAGUCGCUGGCGGACAACCAGCACGCAGCCGCUGCCGUCGCGGACACGGUGUCAUCGCACAACCUGGCGUUUCACAUCGAGAACCUGAUACAGAAGAAGCACCGCGGCGCCGAGAUGUCUCAGGAAGAGAUCGUAUCGUCCAGCGGCGUGCACAACAACAACAACGAUCUGCUGCAGUACGCGGCCGGUGACGACCACCAACACCACCACCGCCACCACAACCAGCUGCCACUGACGCAGCACGCGGUCGAGUCCAAGCCCAAAUUGAUUAUCAUCAACGACGAGGACGACAGCAACAUCAGUGGUGGCAGUGGCGGCAGACGAUGCUAAGACGCCGCAGCCGUCACGCACACACGCACACGAUCGAUGAUCAUGAUAUUCUAACGCAUCGAUUGCGUACCUACACAAUAUUUUAUUGUAAUGUAAUGUGCGAGUGCAUUGCGCACGCAUACACUACGUAAAGUCGUGUGCCCACGUCUGUGCAUGUGUAUAAUGUAUACCUAUAAAUAGUAAAGUAUGCCUACGUAUAGCCGUAUACAAGGUAUACCUAUACUUACCGGUUAUUGAGUAUACAUUAUAACAAUAUUAUACUUGCAACACGUGAAAGAGGUACCUACCUAUUGGACAAACCGUGCGUGUGCGUGGGCAUGCGUGUGCGUGUGUAGUGUGUGUGUACGACAUUAUGUGUUUUCACGGCGCGAUAGAAACGCGGUAUCCCCCGAACGAGAGAGUAUUAAUUUCAUUUUCGAAAAUAUAUAAAACUUGUACAUACCUAUUAUCUACCUAUAUUAUAUGAUUAUUAUUAUUAUUAUUAUUAUUAUUAUAACUACUGUGCUACAAUAAU